CUAUGGGUGCUCUAUGGUUAACAAGUAUGGAAACAUGAUGGAAACAAGCAACAAGUAGGAAAAUGAUUUUAAAUAAUGCAAUUUAUUUAAAAAGAGUUGUAAAUAAAUUAUUGUUGAAGUUAAACUAGUGAAUUUUAUAUUUAGUAUUUGGAAAGAAUCUUAAUAAAAAAAAUACAUAUUCUACCACAGUUACUAUUCUAUGACUACCACCAGAUGAUAUUGAAGCAAUGAAUUCCAGUCAGCACGAAGAAUAUUGUGAUGGUAAUUUACCUAUGCCUUCAAACCAUUUAAUUCCAAAUAUAAAAGAUGAACCUACUGAAGGAACAAAUGACAAUAACACGACAAUAAAUAACAAUAUUGAGGUACUAAAUGAUUUUAAAGAAGAAACUGAUACAUUUAGCCUUCAUGGAAGCGAAUAUUAUAGUAGUGAUGAUACUGAAACCAGUUCAAGUGAAACUAAUAGUGAAUUUAAUUAUGGUUGCAACAUAGUUACAAAAGAAACUGAUAAUACAGGAAAUACAAUUGCAAUAAAUAAUAAUAAUAGUAAUAAUGAAGGUGUCAAACCGAAAAGCCGAAGACGGCGCCCUACAAGUAGGGGUCCCAUAAAAAAAUGCCCUUUUUGUCCAAAAGAAACUCGCUUUUUAAGCUCACAUAUGUACUAUAUGCAUACUGACCCAAAAGAUAUAAAAUGGCAUAAAUGUGACAAAUGUGAUUACAAAGGAAAAGCUAAAAAAAGUCUUAGGAAACAUCAAUUAUAUGUACACUUUGAUGAAAAUGAAACUCCCUAUAGAUAUUGUAGUGUCUGUGAAAAAAAGUUUAAAAAUUCACAUCAAUUAAAUGCACACUUGAAACGUCAUGGUCCCAAACCAAUGCCUAAACUUAUGCUUUGCGAUUUUUGUGAUUUUUCAUCAUUUUCUAAAAUAGGCAUGCAGGGUCAUAAGAUGAUCCAUGUUACUCUUGCGAAAGAUUUGAAAUGUACAGAAUGCGAUUUCACUACACGUCAACCUCAAUCUAUGAAAAGGCAUAAGAAAACACAUCAAAAAUGGAAACAUUGUGAAAAGUGUUCAUUUAAAUCUAGAAACCUAAAUGCACUAAGGUUGCAUAUUAAGAUGCACUCGAUUAAAGAAGAAGAUAUGAACUUAAAAUGCAAGUUCUGCGAUUAUAAAACGUAUAGACAUUAUAAUUUAAAGAUACAUCUUUUGAAUCAUAAAAAACCAGAAGAAAUGGAGAUGUUUCAUUGUCUUCAUUGCAGCUUUAAGGCUAACCGUAAAGACAAUUUGAAAACUCAUAUUUUUAGACAUGAUAUGUUUAAAAAUAUUAAAAAAUGUCCCGUUUGUGGAUUUUUAACUAGGUCUCUAAAGGAAUUUAAGGCUCAUAAGAGAACUCAUUCUUCGGAUGAAAUUGACAAACAAAAAAAGAAAAAACCAAACAAAAAAGUGGACAGAUCGACAGAAACGAGCAACAAUAAGAAGGAUUCAAUGUAGAGUGGUUUGAAAUAUAUAAUCAUAAUAAAAAUACCGUAUGAUGGAAAAAAAACUGGCGUCCUGUUGGUGUAAAUGACGAUCGAUGACAUUCCCAAUAUAAUUUACCAUAUGAAAUGACAGCGAUCUUCAUUUCAUUUUCAUAGCCAUCGCUGAUGCCGUUUUUUUUUCGAUCAUAUGGUAGUAUAUUAAAUAUUAAAUUUAAUGCCAAUUCAAUUAAUAUCAGUGCUCUUAAAUAUAGUCUCUUAUCACCAGGGGUGGAUGGGGAAGUAGAAACCGACCCGGGAAAAACAGGCAACCGGCCCAUAUCCACAUAACCAUAACGAGGAAACAUAUUUUAUUUAUUAAUAUAUAACUUAUGGUGUUUUUCGCUCGUGCGAAAAAGCCCUUUUGCCUGUAAAUUGUCUUGAUCAAAAUUUUCAUAAAGAUCAAUAUUGGGUCUGACAUCUGAAUUUUUACUACAAAAUGGCUCAGUUUUACAUGGUUCUACUGCUCUAUUUCUAUUAUCGAUAACGGUAAUUUGAUCUUGAAUAGGCUACGAUUUUAAGUGACGGUUUUGAGAAACUUUAAGACUUCCUAAUUCAUUCAGUUCAGCUGACCCAAUCCUCUGUGAAAUACAUUAUUUUUAACUUUUCAGGUAUAUACUUUCUUAUACAUUGUAGAAAGAAAUUCUCUCUGCUCACAGAAAUUCUCGACCGCGG